AUGUCAAAGAGUGAUCAAGAAAACGACUGGAUUGAUGAAAUGAAACAUCACGAUGGUUUUGUUCUUGAUCAGGGAAUGAACGAAGUGACAAUUCCUGAUCGUGACAUUACCUAUCGCCGUGUUAAUGUGGAAACUCAAUUUACGACAUCACACUUUGAUUCACAGGACGACGAUGUUUUGGCACCAGCACCUAUUAAAAAAGUGAUGUUUACCACAAGCCCAGCCACGCUGCAGGAUCUGGAAGAUGGUUCUUCAACUGUACGAGGCCAUGAGGUAGAUGAGCUCAGCCAUGCGUCACAGGUCUUCGUACCCACAGGAGAGAUACCAGACGCACAAGAUGUGGGUUAUCAUCUAGUAAACCCUAUGUUCGAGUCCUGUGAAUCUCCCGAUAUCAUAUUUCGUAGUCUUCACAAAGCCAUGAGCUCACAAGAUAUCGAGUUUUCGUGUAAUCUUGAUUGGACGAUGGACGCCUAUGCUCUGAUCGCGGCGGAGGAGGUUUUCUUUGGUGUGCAGUUUCAUCGCUUGGCGGUCAAAUCUAUCAUUCGCGUUGAUUUUAAUCUGCGUUCGGGCGACGAGCUCAAAUUUCUUGAAUUAACAGAUUUCAUUCGCAUGGAGUGCAGAGCAAUUGAUAGGGAUCUGAUUGGACUGCCUGAGCUCAGCUUUGACAUCAUGGCGGAUUGGUCGACACCGAAUGAAGUUUCUUCGAGAUCUAUUUCGGUGGACUCGCAAGAGCUAUCGAUGUUGCUUUGCGAAAUCAACUCGGAUUCCCCGCCCAUUACACGCUUCGAGGUGGCCAAGCGGCUGAAAGAGCUUUGUCAAUAUGACUUCAACCGCCGUGCUUUUGCUCACCUUCUCAAAGAAAAGUUUGUUACAGGGUUGCAGUCGAUGCUUCAAGAUGACAACGAAGAUAUUGUCCGCUAUGCCAUCGACACUAUCUUGAAUUUUGCAGACGACCUCCAGACUCUAAAAGAUCUGGAGCUGCCUCGGUUGCCUGAAACUCUUUGUGACAUCUUGACGCUGUCCGAGAAAAAGUCGACGAAAAAGCUUGCUGGUGAUCUUUACAAUACGAUUAUAAACACGGUGUGUUAG